AUGAGCGAGCAAAGAAUGUGUGGGUUAUUUCUUGAAGCUGAUAAGCUUUUUAAUGGUAACAAUGUUAAAGUGGAUAAAAUUAACGGAUCCCCAGCAUACAAACAAUAUUGCCCCAAAAAUAAAACAUGCUCAAAUAGCUGGGAAAGUAUUGGUGCUUUGAGCAAGUAUUUAUUUACGAAGUUAUACAAUAAUAAAAGCAAUUAUUCUGAAUAUGUUAUGAUGUGGUUAGCUCAUAAAUUGUUUAAUAUAAUCAAUGAGAAUGAAAAAGAAAAAGCUAAUAAAAUUACUUUAAGUUCGGCUUAUGAUGAAUAUUUAAAGAAAUAUAUGGGUAAUUUUAAACAUUCGAAUCUUAUAUAUAAUCAAAGGGGGUUGAAAGAUGCUAAUCUUAGGUAUAUGCGUGAAUUGUAUACGUUACUUAAUUAUAUAUGUAAUACAAUUGCAGACUAUAAUAAAUUCGGCGCCAAAAGUAGUAACCUUUCUCGAUAUUCUGUCAAGUGUUUUAAUCAAUAUAUAUCCCUUUACAAUGCGUUUCCUAAAUGUGAUUCAUAUCUAUAUCUAUUGGCCAAAUUAAAAAAAAUAUAUGAAGAAUUUAGAAUUUAUGCUAUUGGGAACGAUACUGGUAAUAAUAAUUUAGAUAAACGGAUUCGAAAACUUACAGCAUAUGAUGGAAAAGAUUCAUAUUCUCUGGAAAAUUUUAAAGCAUUUGACUUCAAUGUUCCAGAAUGUAAACCCAAAAAUAAAGAUAAUAUUCCGAGUGCUCGAGAUAAAGCAACAAAAACUACAACAAUCAUACCAAAGAGUGAAAAUCAAGGGGGGGAUCAAAGGAGUCAAAAGAGUACCCAUAAAAAUAAAGAUGAGAAAUUAAAAGUUUCAGAGUCUGAAUCUCAACAGCAGAAAAACAUUCAAUUGCCAAAACUUGGCGAUUCUUCAUUAAAGGAUGAGCCCCAAGUCUUAAAUCUUUCCAGUAAUGAUACAGAUACUCAAAAAAGUCCAAAUGGUCAAAUAAAUCGAAACAGUGGUCCAGAAACUAGUCAAGAUAAAAUAAAUAUGCCCCAAAAACCAAAAGGAAAUCACUAUGUUUUUGAUUUGUCAACUUUAGAAGAAUAUGAAAAAUUAUUUAAAACCUAUAUUGAAGAAUACAAAAAAUAUGUUACUAGUUCACUUAAUGAUAUUCAAAAACAUUUAUAUGAUAAUAUAUGGCCUACUUUAAAUAAGGAUUAUAGUACUUAUGCAGAUUAUUAUAAAAAUUUUAAUAUAAUGGAAUAUCUUAAAGAAGUGGAAGCAAAUGGACCACAAAAAAUUGAAACAUUAAAGGAUAAGUUACCAAGUAAAGAGAAUGGAGGAGAAGAUAUCCUUUCUUUACCAGAUAGCGAAACACCAGAACUACAAAAUACAAAAACACAAGAUCCUCAAACACAAAUUUCAAAUGGUCAAGGAAAUAAUCAUUCACAGGAGUCACUUUCUACACCAGAAAUUGGCUCAACAAGUAGCGAACAAGAAAAAAUUUUAGAUGUUUCCUCUAAGAAACAACUUAAAUCAUCAGAUGAUUAUACCAAUAUAAUGCCUAAUAUAGAUGUUAAAACAGGAUCCAUUAGAGUCGAUGUAGAAAAAGGCACAUAUGAAAUAGGAUUUCUAGGAAAUUUAUUUAAAGGGCAGAAAUUAGUUGUAUAUUCAGUUAUAGUUAUUGCAAUACUCGUUAUUUUAGCAGUUAUGUAUAAGUAUUUAGCAUUUGGGCGGGGAAAAAAGGCGAAAAAAAAAAAAAACAUGAAAAAAAUCAUAAAAUUGUGUGAUGAAAAUAAUACCGAAAUGUUGCAAUACAUUCAUUGA